AGGACAGAAACCCAUUGCACUCCUCAUGCAGGUAGCAAGUGGUGGCAAGGGGGUGACAGCAUCUGGAUGGGAUGUGAGCUGCUGCCAUAAAGAUGCUGGCACUUACUGCACCUCCAGGCUUGUUAAUCUGAGCCCGGUGGCCACGGAGGCUAGUGAGGGAGCUGGCUGUACUUGGUGUUUGAGGACUAAAGAGCUGUGUGGUUCCUGGUUCUCAGGCAGGAAGGUGCUCUGCAGGUUGGUUGAUGCCACAACUUCCUCCUGCUGGGCCUGCAUCCAUGGAGACAGCAAGUUGCGGCCAGCCUGCGCUGGGAAGGGACAACAGGGAAAGGUUUGGGCUCAGCAGGAGGCUGGCCGGAGCUCCCUUCUGCUCCCUACACUGCUCUGGGGCUUGCUUGACCCACAGGGAUGAACUGGGGGAUGAAUUCCUGUGGCUUAGCUCCAGUACCUCCAGCCAAGAAUGUGGUGGUGUAUCGCAACGGUGACCCUUUCUUCCCUGGGAGGAAGUUUGUAGUGAACCAGCGGCGAUUCCUGACCUUCGAGGUGUUUCUGAAUGAGGUGACCAAGAGCAUCCACGCGCCCUUGGCUGUGAGGAACCUCUACACACCCAGGCAUGGCCACCGCAUCGCUGAGCUGGGGGACCUGCAGGACGGGUGCCAGUACGUGGCUGCAGGCUUUGAAAAGUUCAAAAAGCUCAACUAUUUAAAUCACGGAAGGAAGGACCUCCAUGGGACAAGAACCAGCGAGGGUCUGCGGUUCCGCGUUGUAGCCCCCUGGAAGUCAAACGUCUUGGCACGAUGGCAGAAGCACGCCCGCCUGCCCUGCACGAUACAUGUUUUCCGGAAUGGGGAUUUGCUGAGCCCUCCUUUCCCACUGCCGCUCCCCAAGAGCACCCCACUGCAGUGGGACACGCUCCUGGCCCUGCUGACAAAGAAAGCCGACCUGCGCAGCGGAGCUGUUAACAAACUCUGCAGGCUGGAUGGAACCCAGGUGUCUGGUGGAGAGGAGCUGCUGAAUGGCAAUUACUACGUGGCAGUGGGAAAUGAGGAGUACAAAAAACUGCCUUACUUUGAGCUGCUGGUGCCCCAGGAUUCUGCACGCAGGACACUGUGGAACCACCAAAAUAGCAGGCGCAAAAAAUACCGCAGAAAGUUUGGUGAGCUCUGUGCCAGCUCCCAGGACAGACCUGGUGACUCCGCUCUUGCUGAACCACCUCAACAGCUGGACAGUCACAGGGUGCAGACCACAGGAGCUGCAGAGAAAGAGAAGGCCCCAACUGCUCUUCCACAACGGCAAAGGCAAGCCAGGAAAUCUCGCCUCAAAGAGGAAGAGUCCAUUUUCCAUGCUAAACCUGUCCGUGCAGGGCAGAACAGAAGGAGCAACAGGAAUGUGCAGCGCUGGCCUGAUCAAGAAGAAAGUGUCUAUAAACCCAGAGAUCCGAGGAAGGAGAUGCGAGGUUCCCAGGCAGUAAAGGAGGAUGGACACGCAAGGGUGGACGUACCCAUUGAUCAGGAAGUUGCAGAACUUAUACCAAAAGCCAAAACGAUACACCACAGUAAGGCACGGACUGCAGACAAAUCACAAAAGACUGUGGCAAGGAAAAAGGAUGCCAGUGACUCUGAGGAUAAACAGCACCGAAGGAUGUUGCCCUUGGCAGCAAAGAGCUCUGAAGAGUUCACAAAGGGAGUGUGA